AUGGAAGUUUCUGAUUCGGGAGGUUACUCGAUCAGAAAUCGAGGAAAUGGAGUCGUCGUCUGUAACCAGCAGAUUUCUCUCCUCCAUGCAAAUUUCAGCGCCGAUCAUCUCGUCUCCAACAGAUUUCUGAUUUCUCGGCCAGCCAGCUCCAUCAUCUCAUCCUUUUUCUCAUCAGCAACAAGAAUUGACUUCAGCCGCCUAGAUGGGAACGAAUUUAGAGAACUCCCUCAAACUCUCAUAGCUUCACAGCAGAAAACCGGCGACCAAGGAGCAUCAUUUUCCGGCAAGAGCCCUUCUCCGACCUCCGACCUUCGUCCAGUUUCUCUGACGAUAAGAGCACCAGGCCUCGAUGACGAGAUUCUCGGCGAACAACAGCUGUCACAGAAAGCCGAAGACCACCAAAUUUCCGGUGAGUUCAAGGCACGACCGACGAGAGUCUCCCUGAAGCGGUGUCACGAGCGCCACCGGGAGCAGUCGGUUCCAGAUGAGAGCAGCAAGCAAGAUAGUUAA